AUGAUACGGAGUCUACAGCUCAAUGACUGGCGGUUUGAGCCAAUCCGCUCCAAUCCCAUGUUUGGACCAUCAGCGGAAACCUUGAUUAAGAUGGGGGCCUUGUAUGCUCCAUAUAUUCACGAUGAGCAGGAAUGGUUUCGCAUCUUUGUGCCGAUCGUCUUGCAUGCAGGUAUUAUUCACUACGUCAUAAAUAUGCUGGCUAUAGGUUUAAUUGGGCGGUCUGUUGAGAGGGUUCACGGCUGGUUGAAGACCGCAUUGAUUUUCCUCAUUUCGUCCGUUGGAGGCAACAUUGCGAGUGCCUUGCUGAUGCCUAGCGCCAUCAGUGUCGGUGCAUCUGGUGGAAUUUUUGGCCUAUUGGGCCUCUGUCUGGCUGAUGUUUGCGCCAACUGGCAUGUCAUUCAAGCAUCACGGGACGAUCCCAGCUACUCUUUCCCAAUCCGAUCUGUUGUAGUUUGGCUGAUUUUCGAGGUGGCACUGAACGUCUCAAUUGGAUUGACUCCUUAUAUUGACAAUUUUGCUCACAUGGGAGGCUUUCUCUAUGGCUUCACCUUUGGCUUGGCUAUAGUGCAACGGUUGGGUGGAAAGGCUUUCUACCCAAAAAUGGAAAUCCAGGUGCAUAGAAUAAGAAAGACUGCUUACCGAUUUUGUGGACUUACAGUCACUCUGUUACUUUUGGCCUUGACGUCUUGGAAACUAUGGAUCAAUGAUGGCGACGACCCAUCCCCGUGUUCCUGGUGUCGGUACCUUUCCUGUGCACCC